AUGUCCAACAACCACAUCGAGCGCACCGCGCGCGAACCCUCGCACACCAUCCAACGCAACUCAAGGUCCUCGCCACUCAAACUAGCAUCCCCCAGCCGGCCGCCCUCUCGCUCCACACUCCUCUCGCCCUCGCGCCCCAUUCUCCCGCGCCCGCGCACAGGGCGCGCUCUCCGCGUUCCAGGCGCUCCUGCCCGACCUCCGCGCGGGCGCGUUCCUGCGCCAGCUGCUGUUCAGAACGACCGGUGCCCGAUAAAGAAUAAGCGCGUGAAUGUCAUUUCGGACCAGUGCUGUAGUGACGACGAUCAAUGGUGUACGAACAACAACCGAUAUCCCCUUCGUGACUACGCUCAGCACGCCCUCCGCCAGCACGCCCCCCUCAGCAACCGUGCGAUCAUUGCCGGUAGCGUCGUCGGUGUCGCUGCAUUCGUCGUCCUCUCGCUCGCUAUGGCCGUUUGCUAUCGCAGACACCAACAGAAGAAGCCCAUAUUCUUCCGCCGUUCCCGUCCCCCGCCACGCAAUAUGCUUCUCGCCAGUGAGGACAUGGACGAUUACGACCUCGGCCCGCCCAUGUCCUCCUACCGCGAUACCCCCGGGACUGGCUCCGCGCCAUCCCUCGCUUCGCGUGCGACGUCCUACAACGCAGGCUCUCUCCAAGGCGCACCUCUUGUUCCUCCCGCUCCCUUCGCCGACCAGGGCCGUGUUUCGUACUCCCCACACCUCAUGGGUAUGCGUACCUCUGAGUCUGGCUCAAUUUUCCAGGAGGCCGUCUGGCCUCCCCCGCGUUCAGCGCUUGUAGACCCGCUUCUGGCAUCCUCGGAAGACCUCUCGCACAUCGUUGACGACGUUAUGGGUACCGCCAACCCAUCGGGCGGCGACAGCAGUCCAGGCUCCGGUGCCGGCGCCGUGCGCUUUCCCGGGUCAGUCGCUACUGCCGCACAGGCGACGCACGCGCGCGCACCCUCGGAGGACCCGCUCAUGGGCAGCGAGCUCGAGUCGCCCUCGCACUCGACACGAACACCCACGUGGCGCAGUCCGCUCUUUGUGACAAACAUGGGCUGCCAGACCGCGUCCGUACGCACGGCAGCCAGCCCACCGCCCGGCGCGCGGAGUCGGUUCUCGCAGGGGCAGUCUCGUCCAAGCCACGACGACGAGGGAGGCAUGUACGCCAUGGGUGAGGCACUCUAG